AUAUUUUUUUAUUAAUUAUUUUUUUUUACUUACAUAGAAGCAUUACAAUUUUUCUUUAUUUUAUCUGAGUCUAAAUUUGCCGCCCCCGGGCAAUUGCCCACCGGUGCCCCCCCCCCUUAAAACCGGCCCUGAUACCAACACAUCUAUACCAAUAAUCUAAAUUAUCAUAUUCAAGUAUGUUAGUACAGGGUGACCAGACGUCCCGUUUAAAACGGGUGUUUGUGCCAAUAAGUCCUUUUUUAUUGCAUGUGUGUAUAUUUGUUCUCGUAUCAAAUCUUAUCGCGCGUAUGCCCUGUGCUCGACGACAGCAACAAUUUUUGUGGGUUGACCGCCCAGUACGCCCGUGAGAUCGUUACUCUCCGUGAUUUUUGUUGAUCAAUGUUACCAUUUUCGUGCGAUACAUAGUGGUGCGUUGCGUAUCCUCAGCCAUCGUUAGCGGCGGUGAUAAGCCGCCGUUUGCGACUGGCCGAGUACGUAAGCGCAUUGUUAUCGUCACGUGUAAAUGUUCGUUGUUCCACGUUUUUAUUAUUUGUCGGUUAUGUUUCAAAAAAGUUGAAAGUCAUGUUCUCCGUGCCACAAGUUUUUUUUAAGUUCCUUUGUUUUCAAUUUUAGUGUCAUGGCACUCAGGCAUUUUAUUCUUCAUGUGGCGACCGGUGGCUUGUGCUUUCGUGGUAACGUUCAUCGGCCGAUAUUCCUUCUUCUCUUUCUGUUCUUGUCGUAUAAACUGUCUGUAUAAGAAUCAGUGUGUUACGGUCAGAGCAUCGGGAAGAGCCUCUGUUACUUAAAUCCGUCUAAUUCUGUUAAUCAUAUGUUUCUAUUGAUUUAAUUAUUUUAAUAAAGUAUAGGGAUAAUUUAAAACCACGCAUUAAUUAUAACACGUACAAAACAGUUGUGGAGACGUCAAUAACAAUACAUUGUUUAUGCGAAAUAAUAGCAGUUUAGAAAAAUAAAAUAAAAUCAAUGAAUUCAUUCAAUGAACGUAAUAGAAUUUUAACGUCAAUAAUAAUCGAUUUUCAACUAUUUAUUUAUACUUUAUUUUUUUUUCAAGAUUAUACCUUUUCUACUACAAUUUGAACCACUAAAAUAUCAUAAUUACUGAAUGGUGUCCCGACAAUUGAGCGCGCGACAAUUGAGCGCAGACAAUUGAGCGAAGACAAUUGAGCGCGGCGAAAAUUGGGCGCUGCGAAAAUUAAGCACCGAGACAGUUGAGCGCUUUAACAUAAUAUUAUACUAUAUUGAGUAAAAGCUUAGUGCAGAACUGCUGUACAUGAAAUUACGAAAUUAGAAAUGAAUUUGUUCGCAGUAUCUGCGAAUACCUAUAUAACCCGUCAGAUAAAUCCUUAUGUUUGAUGAUAAUCAGAUAAUGUUAUCGAUAAGGUGUUAUUGAAAGAAUAAAAUUCCAACGACGGUAAUGCAGCAGUAAAUGUAGACUCUUAUCGCUGGAUAACUACACAUGUGAACUUUGCAAGGUAUUUAUUGAUGUUAUAUUUUCACACGUGCAUACUGAACCAGCUUCAUUGAAGGAGUUGAUCAUUCCACCUGAGUUUACAACAACAUUAGAUGAUAAACCAUUUUUAUUAUAUGAUAGUUAUUCACAAAAUCAAGAAAUUCCACGCAUAUUAAUUUUUUCAACUACGGAAAAUCUUGAUAUGAUGGUUGAUUGUGAACAUUUGUAUAUUGAUGGUACUUUUUCAUCGUAACCUACUAUUUUCUACCAGCUAUAUACAAUUCACGGUGUACAAUUUAGUAAUGUUUUACCAUCCGUUUUUGUACUUCUUCCAAAUAAAAUUGAAGAAAUAUACUUACGUUUAUUUAAAAAAAUCCUAGAGUUAAGACCAGAAUUAAAUCCAAUUUCUAUAAUGCUAGAUUACGAACAAGCUGCAAUAAAUGCAGUGAAAAAAAUAUUUCCUCAAACGGAAAUAAAUGGAUGUUUUUUCCACUUUUGUCAAUCUAUAUGGAGACAUAUUCAAAACACAGGACUUGCCGUAAAAUACCAUGAAAAUUCCGAGUUUGCAUUAAAUAUUAAAAUGUUAAAUGCAUUAGCAUAUGUUCCACCAGAGUCUGUUAUUACUGCAUUCGAAGACCUAUUACAAACUGAUUUUUAUAAAGAACAUGAAACAAUAUUGACACCUCUCUUAGACUAUUUUGAAGACACAUGGAUAGGUCGUAUUAGUCGUAACAGACAACGAAGAUCCCCAAAGUUUUCGAUAAAAUUAUGGAACUGUUAUGGUUUGAUUAAAAAUGACAUACCAAGGACCAAUAAUGCCAUUGAAGGAUGGCAUAAUUCAUUUAAAUCAAUUUUAAAUGCAGUUCAUCCUUCAAUUUGGAAAUUUAUCGACGCUUUAAAAAAAGAAGAAAAGUUGAAUCGAGUUAGAAUUCAUCAGUUUAUUGCAGGUCAUGAUCCAAAACCAAAAAAAAAAAAAAAAAUACAAAGAUUCAGGAUUAAGAAUAAAAAAUAUUUGUGAACAAUUUCAUUCAAGAUCAACUGAACAGUUUUUAAAAGGCAUUGCUCAAAAUAUUUAAUAUUUUAACUUAACUCAUAAUGUAUUUAUUUGCAGUAUUAUUAAAAUAUGAUGUAAUAUUAACUAUGACUUAUUAUUUUUUUUUUUUUAAUUAUUAACUAACUUUUUUAGGUUUAUAUCGCGCUCAAUUGUCUUAGAACUUAAUUUUCGCAGCGCUCAAGUUUCGUGCGCUCAAUAGUCUUCGCCCAAUUGUCGUGCGCUCAAUUUUCUGCGCUCAAUUGUCGUGAAUCCUUACUGAAUAUGUUAUAUAUCCCAUCACAAAAGAUACGUGUUUAAAUACUUAAUUUCCAGGCCUUAUGUGCAUAAACAACUCUUUAAGAAUUUUGGCUGCCACCGUCACUGAUCUCAAAUAAUCACGAUCCAGUACAUGUUCCUCCUAAUCUGUUACUUCUAACUUCCCUAAAUCAUGUUGCACCUCAUCUAUCAAUCGUUUCUUGGGUUUGCCUCAGGGUCUUUUGCCUAUUGGCUUGUAUUCAACAGCUGCUCAAAUUUCAUUUAUUUCCUCUCCUCCCAUUGUGUGCCCAAACCAUUGCAUUCUUCGUCAUUUUAUGGUAACUUGUUAUGGGAGUCAAUUUGGUCACCUCCUUUAUUUCUUUAUUUCUUUUGAUCUAUAACAGAUAUUAACGUUCUUAUUAUUAACUAUGAGAUAGUUUUGAAUUAUCGGUUUAUGACGAUUAAAAUAUUUUAUCUCUGUUAAAAAAAUAUUACUUUCAAAUAUAUUACAAAUAAAAAUGUACAAA